AUGGACUGGUCACGAUUCAAACAAGUCUGGCAGAAAUUCAACGUUGCCAAUCUCCUCUUUUGCUAUUGCCUUCCAAUCUUUUACUUGUUCUUCCCAGCAUGGCUAAUGCCAGCCAUUUUCCUGCGUACACUCUCCUUUCUCAUUGGCUGCCUAUAUCAACUUGUCCUUGAUCACCACACGGGUCAACAACGACGAAGGCGACGACGACAUCGAAACAACGGCCGAGGAUCAAGCAAAUGGCUCCACCAACAAGUACAACACUCGUCUUCUUCCACGUCUUCUGAUUCAGACGAUGCCAUGGAUCAGUGGAUACUAAAGUGCUCUAUUUGUCUGACACGUCGUUACAACUUGUGCCUUGAAACAUGCCGUGAUCAAUUUUGCAAGGGUUGCUUUGAACGAUAUGUUGAAGAAGUUGUUCAAGGAUCUUGGGGUUUGGAUGUGACAAGGAUAAAGUGUCCAGUAUGCCUUGACCCGAUCCGACAAUCGGAAUGGAGCCGCUAUGUAUCAGCAUCUUUGGUCGAACGUUAUGAGCAAUUCAAUCAACCCUUCAGACCUUUUUCUCGUCAUUGCCCUUCAUGUCGUUCACCUGUCAUUCCAUGCCAAUCACCACGUACAAAGGGAAUUACUCGUCAAAGGCGAUUGGACAUGAUUGCUGAGCAAGUGCAAUCCCUAGGAUAUCCACCCCUUGUCAUCCCAACUCCGUUUCGACACAGCACCUUGCAAUCCCUGAUUCAACAACUCACACCUAUCCUUCGUCAAGCUGCUCAACAAAAUGACAGAUCCAUUUAUAUGCGAGCAUCCAUCAUAUCCAAACAAUUAGUGGCAUUGGAAACGGUACCUGAGACAUGGAAGCAGGCACAAUUUGCUCACAUUGCUACUUUUGCCGUUGAUACUUGUACUCACUGCGGGCGUGAUGUAUGUCUACAAUGCGGAGAAUAUGGUCAUUCAGGAAUUACUUGCAUCGACAACCUACGACGCAAGCUCCAACAAACACAAGAAUCUGCUGAGGCAUCUACCGUACAAUGGAAGCUUGAAAAUACCCGAGGAUGUCCCAGAUGUGCCAUCAUGAUUUGUCGGGAUGAAGGAUGCAAUAAGGUGGAUUGCCUCUACUGCGGGUUCCAGUUUUGCUGGUCAUGCCGUGAUCCGUGGUCACAACGCUCAUGUGGAUUUUACGAAUGUGGCAAGGAGGUUCCAACACAACAACAACAACAACAAUCAUCAUCAUCAUCACCAUCAUCAUCUCAUUAUACCAAGGCCGAGCUAGGCGUACCUGAUAUUGAUGCUAUCAUGCAAAGUACAUAA